GGCUGAAGAAGUCUCGGAAGCAUCCCAACGUUUCCGGGGAAACAAGAAUUGGGCAUAAGCCUGAUUUUCGGAUAAAGUUACCAUUAAUGGUUGAUGAAGUGGAGAUAUGUCUUAUGGAGGCUUCACGAGUUCUCCCUACUGAUAAAAAAAUUCGUGGAGACUGGGAUAAGUUGAUAAAGCUUAUGAAGGAUGCCCAUAUGAGAUUAUUGAGGAAGCUUACUAGAGGAAGAGCAGGGGAAUUGAAUGACUUAGAAGAAGAGCUUAAUAAAGUUCCAGUGUUUGGUAUUCAAGUUGCUGAAAUAACCUCAUUAGUUUUAGGUGGAACUUUGGCAUUUUGGGUUAUGACUAUGCCAUUUGGUGCUUUCUAUUUUGUUCAACGUCUUGCCUCAGUACAAAUUCCGAUGAAUUGGGGACAGUCUUCAGUUACCGAAUUUACGAACAAAUUGUGGAAGCUGAGAGCAACUCUACGGAAUCAUAUUCAUGACCUUAAUGAAAUCAUAAAAAAAGUCGAUUCAUCUUUAUAUAACAUAGCUAUUUGUUCUCCACAGGUUCGAGAAAAUGUGCCCCUUUAUGAUGGAGAGUUAAUAACUCCACGAUCACCAUAA